AUGCAACCACAUCCUGACAAGGAGUCCAAAGAGCUAUGCAUUGUCCUGCUGGGGUUCAGAGGAGCAGGCAAGACCUCGUGCGGGAACCGCCUCCUGGGUGAGGCGUUGUUCCGCCUGGGGAGGACCGCCUGCUGCGCCUGGCGACGGGCUGGCGUGGCGGGGAGUCCCCUCACCGUGGUCGACACCCCUGGGUGGUGGAAGGGCGCCACCGUGGACGACACGGCCGAGCUCAUCAAACAAGAGCUGGUCUGCAGCCCCGCUCGGGGUCCUUCCACGGGACCCCCGUACCACCACGCCUUCCUCCUGGUUGUCCCGUCGGACAUCCCCUUCCUGGAGGAACACAGGGUCUCGGUCAGGGAGCACAUGGGGCUACUGGGCCUCGAUGUGUGGAGUCGCACCCUUGUGGUCUUCACCCGCCUGGACCGCCGCUCCGGAGUCCUGGAAGAGUAUAUCGAGCAGGAAGGGGCGGCGCUUCAGUGGGUUCUCAGGAAGUGCGACCACCGGUACGGCGUCCUUGACAACAAGGAGACGGCGUUCGGGGGUUCCCAGGUGACGGAGCUCCUGGGAAUGAUUGAGGAGAUGUCGGCGGGCGAGGAAGAGUCGGGCAUUCGUUAUGAGGUGGAUAGAGGGCUUGUGGAGGAGGUGGAGGGUUUGAGGAGGGCGCAGCAGCAAGGAGCAAGGCUGAGGCUGAGGAAGGUGCAAGCAGAGAGGGAAGCACGGAGAACCAUGAUGGGUGAGUGUUUUACCCUCCUCUUCAUAGCAAUGUGAUGAUUUGUAUCACUGACAUCAGUGGUGUCGUUCCAAUUUGUUGGUCUCUUCAGGUUGCCUUUAACCCUAUCUUGCGCAAGUGUCCCGUCAACCUUUUAGUUUGAGUGGAAAUGCUGCCAAAAUAAUCAAUGGAAGGUGCUUCUCAGCAACCUCUGUCCAGAAACCUGUACCAAAACUGCCCAGAUCUUCAAUUAGUUUAGUUUAGUUGUAUUUGUGCAGAUAAACAAGAUUAAAGUGGCAAAAAGAUGAACAUACACAUACAUAUAUGCCAACCCGGUAUCACGCGAUUGCGUGCUCCUGCGCACGAACGUUAAUCGAUUGAAGCGUGUUCCAGAGCACGAUAGUCCGACUUUUUGCGUGUUACACAGAACGAAAUGUAAACCAAUGCAUUCUGAAUGGGAGUGUUCUAAGACAAUUAACGUGCUCCACAAAACGGUACGAGAGAGAGAGAAAGAGAGAGAGGGAGGACAGAGAGAGAGAGAGAGCGAGAGAGAGGCUUCAGAAAGAGUGUGCGCAGAUAGUACAGUGCACCCUAGUUAUGUUUAUGCCAAAACCACAAAUGCUAUAUGUAUAUAUAUA